CUUAAAACAACAGGCGGCAUCUUCUGAGCUUCCCAAGGCCUCUUGUGUGAUAAAGCCAGUCGUUGCUUAGCAGUUAGUUGCGCUGUCCCCUGUGUCGAGGAUACAGAAAAAUGAAGCUCGACAGCGGACACGCCGUCACACCCGUUGAAGGCGAAGAGAAAGCGAGACUGAAGAAGACCUUCGUAGGCUACCCCGAUGGGUUAGUUCGCGUCUCUCCCGACAGGUGGCUCUUCCCUGGCAGAUAUAUGGACCUGGGCAACGAUUACUACAACUUCGAGUUCCGAAAAAGAAGACGUCCUGAUCAUGACCUACCCGAAGUGUGGAACAACGUGGACACAGGAGAUCGUGUGGACAAUGAGGAACAACCCGGAUCUGAACAACCCCGAAGCCUCACUGGGCGGUUAUGGAUCGAGUGCCCUUCAUAGAAUUCGACCUGUUCUUCCCGAAGCACCCGCCAGAGGGCAUGGAAAUCGUCUCCUCCAGUGCGUUCCUGAAGUACUGUCCCGAGGGCGACCUCCGAGGACCCUUCAACCUCCAACUGUCGCGUGCCAUCCCUGACCCUCGGACCCUGAAGACGCACCUCCCCUUCUCCCUCUUCCUCCCUGACCUCUUGGAGAAGUCAAAGGUGAUCUACGUCGCCAGGAACCCCAAGGACAUGCUGGUCUCCUACCUGCACCACCACAGGCUCCUCAGGGCUCAGGAGUUCAUCGGGACACUUGACGAAUUCGCGGAUCAUUUCCUUAACGAUGACUUGGUGUACGGGCCGUACUGGCUGCACCUGAAGGAGGCAUGGCAGCGCCGCGACCACCCCAACCUGCACUUCGUCUUCUACGAGGACCUCAAAGCGGACAUCACGGGCGAACUGAAGAAGCUGGACGCCUUCCUCGGCACGGGGCUCUCCGGAGACCAGCUCGCCAAUGUCGCCAAGUACACGAGCUUCAGCGAAAUGAAGGCAAGAGACGCGCUGUUCCUGAACGACGAAGCUUCCAAGAACGACGCUCUUUACAACCAAGAAAUCCGCAACAAGGACGGGGGAUUUUUCAGACAAGGCCAAUCGGGCGGUUGGAAAACCAAACUCACGCCGGAGGUUGCGAAGAAGAUGGACGAGUGGAUAAGCAGGAAAUGCGACUUCGGAAUCAAGUUUACGUAAAUCGAUUAAAGAAGGACGGAUAUCUGAAAAUUUAGGGUUGAAUUAUGGGAAUAGAGAAUUAAGAUAAAUUACAAUGCACAGUAUAGAUGGCGAUGGCAUGUGCAUUUACGAUAUAAGAGUACUGUCUUGUUUACUUUAUCUUUUUUUUUAUAUUGACACUUGUAAAAAACGAAUUAUAUAUUCAUCGUAUAGGAUUGCGGUGUUAUAGAUGUUACUUAAAUUCAAACAAUACUGCAUGUUUCGCUAAGAUUAGAAAUAUGAUAUGUAUUCUAACGAUAAGAAAUAUUAAAUACAAGAUAAAAAAA